UAGGCCUGUGCGUAGUAGAAUGUCUACGGCGUAUAUCGACAAGAGAAUUUGCUAAUUAUUUACAGUGCUAUAGAAUACCCUUCGCUAGGGCUGUUUCGUUUCAGUUCGCCUCUCGGCAUAGAGCGUACCUCGCGGUGACCAGCUUCAUCUUGUUUUCUGUCAGGCAAUCGCUACGGACAGCUGCGCAGGACCUUACGGGUCCUUCAUCGUGUUGGGUCCUAAAGUGAUGUUGCUCCACGUGAGUCUGGUAAAGAGCCGGAUGAUUAUGUUGUAAUUUUUGAACUGGGUUUUAAAUCUACUUCACUUAAAGAUUUUCUUUAACGUCACCGUAUUUAGUGGAUGACAAAGUGAGCUCUCCAGUCGCGACAAUGUCAGCAUUUCGGAAGAAGGUGGACAAUCGGAUCCGCGUCCAGAUCGAGAAUGGUGUGGCGGAACACCACCGGACCUUAUUCGUUGUAGUCGGCGAUCAUGGCAGAGAUCAGGUGGUCAUUCUGCAUCACAUGCUCUCCAAAGCCACCGUCAGAGCGCGACCGUCGGUCCUGUGGUGCUACAAGAAGGAGCUGGGCUUUAGCAGUCACCGCAAGAAGCGGAUGCGACAGCUCCAGAAAAAGAUUAAAACGGGUACCCUUAACCUGAAGCAGGAUGACCCAUUUGAGCUGUUCAUCGCCGCGACCAACAUCCGCUACUGCUACUACAACGAGACUCACAAAAUCCUGGGAAACACCUACGGCAUGUGCAUCCUGCAGGACUUUGAAGCCCUGACUCCCAAUCUACUGGCACGCACCGUUGAGACUGUAGAAGGAGGGGGAAUUGUGGUCAUUUUACUGAGGACCAUGAACUCACUGAAGCAGCUGUACACAAUGACAAUGGAUGUCCACUCUCGCUAUCGGACAGAAGCGCACCAGGAUGUUGUCGGGAGAUUCAAUGAGAGGUUCAUUCUGUCUCUCUCCUCCUGCAAAACCUGCGUUGUCAUUGACGACCAGCUCAACGUCCUGCCCGUCUCCAGCCACAUUGCCAACAUCAAACCAGUCCCACCCAAGACCCAGGAGGACGGGCUGUCUCCGCGGGAACUGGAGCUGAAGGAACUGAAGGAGUCUUUGCAGGACACACAGCCGGUCGGGGUCCUGGUGGACAGCUGCAAGACUCUGGACCAGGCCAAGGCGGUGCUCAAGUUCAUCGAGGCCAUUUCGGAGAAGACCCUGCGGAGUACCGUGGCUCUCACUGCCGCCCGUGGGCGGGGCAAGUCCGCUGCCCUGGGAUUGGCUAUCGCUGGGGCCGUGGCGUUCGGAUACUCUAAUAUCUUUGUGACGUCACCGAGCCCCGACAAUCUGCACACCCUGUUUGAGUUCAUUUUCAAGGGUUUCGAUGCCCUUCAGUACCAGGAGCAUCUGGACUAUGAGAUCAUCCAGUCGCUGAACCCAGAGUUUAACAAGGCCGUGGUGAGAGUGAACAUCUUCAAAGAGCACCGGCAGACCAUCCAGUACAUCCACCCGGCGGACGCGGUGAAGCUGGGGCAGGCGGAGCUGCUGGCCAUCGACGAGGCGGCGGCCAUCCCCCUGCCGCUGGUGAAGAGGCUGCUGGGACCGUACCUGGUGUUCAUGUCCUCCACCAUCAACGGGUACGAGGGGACGGGUCGCUCUCUCUCCCUCAAACUGAUCCAGCAGCUCCGGCAGCAGAGCACAGACAGCCAGCAGAGCCUCUCUGCCGAAAACAAGACCUCCACCUCCGCCCGGCUGGCAGCAGCCCGCACGCUCCACGAGGUCUCCCUCCACGAGUCGAUCCGAUACGCCCCCGGCGACGCCGUGGAGAAGUGGCUGAACGACCUGCUCUGCCUGGACUGCCUCAGCGUCCCCCGAAUCAUCUCCGGCUGCCCCCUCCCCCAGACCUGCGACCUAUACUAUGUGAACAGGGACACGCUGUUCUGCUACCACAAGGCCUCCGAGACCUUCCUGCAGCGGCUCAUGGCCCUGUACGUGGCCUCGCACUACAAGAACUCCCCCAACGAUCUCCAGAUGCUCUCCGACGCCCCCGCCCAUCACCUCUUCUGCCUGCUGCCCCCCGUCCCGCCUACCCAGAAUUCACUGCCUGAGGUCCUGGCGGUUGUACAGGUGUGCCUGGAGGGGGAGAUUUCUCGCCAGUCCAUCAUGAACAGCCUGUCCCGGGGGAAGAAGGCCUCUGGGGACCUCAUCCCCUGGACCGUUUCGGAACAGUUCCAGGACCCCGAUUUCGGCAGCCUCUCUGGAGCGAGGGUGGUCCGCAUCGCCGUGAACCCCGAUUAUCAGGGGAUGGGCUACGGCUCCCGCGCGCUGCAGCAGCUGCAGCUGUACUAUGAGGGCCAGUUCCCCUGCCUGGAGGAGUCUGCGCAGACGGCUGCCAGCCAGAUCACGCCCGUCUGCAGCGAGGCUGUGAGCCUGCUGGAGGAGGUGGUCUCUCCCAGGAAGCACCUCCCCCCGCUGCUGCUGAAGCUGAGCGAGCGCCCGGCCGAGAAGCUGGACUACCUGGGCGUGUCCUACGGGCUGACAUCACAGCUGCUGAAGUUCUGGAAGCGGGCCGGAUUCGUUCCCGUGUAUUUGCGCCAAACCCCUAAUGACCUGACGGGGGAGCACUCGUGCGUGAUGCUGAAGGAGCUGAACUCGGAGGAGGAACAGGGCCAGUGGCUCUCUGCUUUCUGGAAGGACUUCCGCCGGCGCUUCCUGUCUCUGCUGUCCUACCAGUUCCGCAGUUUCCCCCCGAGCCUGGCGCUCAACAUCCUGCAGAACAGGAACGCCAAGCAGGACGUCCCGUCAGCGCUCUCGAACCCUGAGCUAGCCGCUCAGUUCAGCCCCUACGAUCUGAAGAGGCUGGAGAUGUACUCCAGGAACAUGGUGGAUUACCACCUCGUCAUGGACAUGAUCCCUGCCGUCGCCAGAAUGUUCUUCCUCAAACAGCUGGGGGACAUCUCCCUGUCCGCUGCUCAGUGUGCGCUCCUGUUGGGAAUAGGGUUGCAGCAUAAGACUGUGGAUGAGCUGGAGAAGGAGAUACAGCUCCCCAGCAGCCAGAUUAUGGGCCUGUUCAACCGGCUCAUACGCAAGGUGGUGCAGUACUUCAACAGCAUACAGGAGACCGCCGUAGAAGCAGAGAUGGCGGUGUCCAAGGAAAUCGCCAUGGAGCCGACCGCCCGGACGCUCAGCGAGGACCUGGAUGAGGCUGCCAAGGAGUUCCAGGAGAAGCACAAGAAAGACAUGGAGCAGAUCAAGGAGAUGGACCUGACACAGUACAUGAUCCGGGGCGAUGAUGAGGAGUGGGAUCAGGUGCUGAAGAAGGCUGGCCAGACCGCCAUCAUCAGCAUAAAGAGUGACAAGAAGAGGAAGCUCGACGGAACCAAAAUGGAGCAGUGGCAGAACAAGAAGGCGAAGAAACAAGGGAAGGACAAACAGGGGAAGGAGAAAAAGGGGAAAUAUGGCAAAUUUGGCAAAUAAAAGCCAGGCACGCAGUCACAUGAAAACAUGCAGGUGUAAUCAAGUAUGAUCAUGUCAGUGUGAAUUGAGGGGGGUCGACGAUCGAUUUGCUUGUAUCAUAUGAUUUGGGCAAACAAUGCAUUGGCUGGAUUUAACCUGUUGAGUUUUAUUAGUUCUUUCCUGAAUAUAUUUCACAUCACUCUUGUUGGAAAUUCUUUGUAAAGUGACUUUUACAGGCAGAAUUAAUAAAUUAUGAUUUUUUUUUAAAGAAAAAACUCCUGGUGAAAGGUUUUGCGUGUGUAUAAUCGUAUUUACCAGCGUUCCGAAAGCGAUGUUUGCGGCUUGACCGAUGACAUUUACAGUAGCUUUGCCUGGCGUCUAGACGUCUUUAGACGCAUGCAGUACUGGUAGAUUAGCGACCCCACAAAAGCCGCUCCCUCUCUAAAGCCGAGUGCUUGCCGCGCAGAGUUUAUUCGGCUCUCUUAUUUAAACACUAGAAUAAUAUCUAGUGAUACAUCUGUUCAGUUUGGUUGGGUUUGUUUGACUCUCAUCUCAUUCACGCAGAAUAGCUGCACGAUGCGAGUCGCUGCGCGUGCCUCUUGGAGUUGAACGGUUGCCAAAUGUCCUGAAUGUUCCCCGUUUUUUUCCGUGGAGUUCACGGGAACGCAACAAAGUCCUUAUUCUUUCUAGGACAUCAAGUCAAACUGCAUAUCAUCACAAAUCUAGCGGACCGUACCAAACUGGGUCGCGGUUAGUAAUGUUACGUUACUUUUGAAAAAACUGAAAAAUCUUGAAGUUGGUGUUGGUUGAUCUAGUCCGUGCGUUGUGACGCGAUUAGUUCUGAGUCAGGGAGUGCGCCUAGAUGCGUUUUUAUAAGCAGCGAAAGGCGCUCAGCCGUGAACACUCAGGAAGAAAGUCAGAGUAGAAGUUGAUUUUUCUGUAAAUAAUCCACGGAGUAUAAGUGGUACCUGCUAUUUCUGUGCAUCCACAGACUAUUAAUUCGGAGCUUUCGUAUUUUUGAGACUAGACUGGACCACCUUUUAUUUACGGUUUCAAUUUAUAUUAAAAUAUCUUUGUCGCAAUGAAUAUAGGCCUACCCGUAGUUGACUUCGAUGCAUACAGGCUUGGAGUUGACGAUGUAGCGGAUGAAAAAUUGGAUGUCUUGGCCAAGGAGCUGAAAACGGCUUUUACUGAAGUUGGAUUUGUGUACCUGAAAAAUAACGGCAUUUCUCAACAAGAGGUAAAUGGCUUGUGACAAGGCUAAUUUACGUGCGCGUGUAGCCUAUGUGUAUGCAUGUACUAAUUUACGCAGAUAAUAUAUAGUUUAGCAGUAUUAAAUUGUACUUCAGACUUGGCACAGUUAGUAGCCGCUUAAGUUGCAUUCAUAAUUUAAUCGAGCUGGAUACAAUUAAAACCAAUUCCGCGCAGUAUGAUCUUACAUUCACACCACCUAUUCUGUAUGAUUGUCAUAUAGGUGCGGGGUAAUUAUAAUAGCAAAUGAAAACACCCUAUAAUGUGCUUCGGCUAGGCUACACUGGUUUUUUUCUGCACAUACUAAUGUUAAUCAAGGAAACGCAUUUCCAGUAGUAGCAUAAAGCCAGCCAAAUCCUCAAAUGAUGAAAUUAUUCAUGGAAAAAAACUGCGUGAACCUGCACGCACAAGCAACUUAAUAACUUACAGUGAAGUGCAUUUUAACGCUCAAAUUGAUGAGGAAAGCUACUUUCGUUUGUUUCUCAACUCUCGAGUAAGUUUUCUACAAAGCAAAUAGUCCACUUUACAGACCUGUCUGGUGUGUGCUGAUAAAUACCUAGGAGCAGGUGGCUGUUUACCUUCCAUUUAAUCGCUUGGAGCAUCCAGAGGAUGAGGGUGUCAACACAGCAAGCAAAUUAGCUGCACACAUUUAAGAUUAAACACGUUGAGUAAAAUUAAGAAAUAUUAAACACUAUUUAAAAUUCAUAAGGUUUUCCCAAAAGGACACAACAUGUAGAUGGUUUCCAACACCAUCUAGUGUCCCUCAUCUCCGAAUCUGAAGCCCUCGUUUUCUAGAUGGCAUUCUGCAAACAUAACUGCAAAAAAAAAAAAAAAAAAAAAAAAUUUAAAAGCACGGCAUUGGUUAUGGCAAGUCAGAGUCGACA